UUCGUAAAUGGAAAAUAAAAUAGUGAAAAAUGGCAACAAGUGCAAUGCAUGCAGUGGUUAGCGAUAGGGAUUGUUGCUGCCUACGAAAAACGCGGACGUAUAAAUCUGCGCCGCUGCCGCUUCUGUUGCUACUUUUUCUUCUUCUUCUUCAAUCAUCUCCACCGUCUUCUCUCCAUUUAAUUUAACUAAGGCUCCCUUUCCGAUUUAUGGGCGUGGGCGUCACAGAUUUUCAAUUUUCUUGAGCCGCGAAUACUUGAAAUCAAUCAAGCCAAUUUGAUGCGGGAGUGAUAACUCUGCAGGGAUGAAGUUUGGGGAGAAGUUUUCCGAGUAUCUGGAAACGAAUCAAGAGAGGUUCGUGGAGAAUUGCCGCCAUGUUGAGUACAAGCGCCUUAAGAAGGUGCUGAAGAGAUGCAGACGUUGUAGGGCUAUCAACGAUUCCCCGUCUUCAACUGCCGUGGAUGAUAAUGGAGAUGAAGCUGCAUUCUCUCAGUUUUGCCAAUUUGAGUCUUGCCAAUUGUGUGAUCAGAAAUUCUUCUCUGAGCUGAUGAAGGAGGCUAUUGAUAUCGGCGGAUGCUUUAGUUCAAGAGUGAGGCAGCUCCUCCAAUUUCAUAUCCACGGUGGAGCACAGCGAUAUUUUACAUUUUUGCGCUAUUGUUUUGUGAGCCCCCAGCAAAAGACAGCACAAGAAUGUCGGAUGUUAACUGAAUAUGUUAUGAUGAAUGCUGUGGCCAUGCGGAAAAUUCUCAAAAAGUAUGAUAAAAUACAUAGUUCUGCCAAUGGAAGCAAGUUCAAAUCUAAAAUGCGCGCAGAGCAUAUGGAAAUAUUGCAGUCACCUUGGUUAAUAGAAUUAGGGGCUUUCUGUAAGAACUUCAAUCAACCAAGAUGUGAAAACUCCAGUGUGCUCGAAAAUCCAUUUUCUUUUGACUUAACUGCUUCAGGGCCCACGAUGACUUUGAUCCUCCCAGAUAGCAUAAAAUUGGAAUACGAUCUAACUUGUGCAAUUUGCUUGGAUUUAGUUUUCAAUCCAUAUGCCUUGGGUUGUGGGCAUCUCUUCUGCAAAUCAUGUGCUUGCUCUGCAGCUUCGGUUAUGAUUUUCCAGGGCCUUAAGGCUGCAAAUACGGAAUCAAAAUGUCCUGUCUGCAGAGAGGUUGGUGUGUACACCAAGGCAGUCCACAUGAUGGAACUGGAUUUGCUUCUUAAGAAAGACCGCAAGGAAUACUGGAAGGAGCGGCUAGUUGCUGAACGCGCUGACAUGGUUAAGCAAUCAAAGGUCUAUUGGGAGAUGCAAACUAAGUACAUGAUCGGAUAUUGACAUCACUCUCUCUAAUGUUUCUUGCUGGCUCCUUGCCAGGAACAAUAUAUCCCGAUUCGGUAUUUGUCACUGCAGAGCUGAUCGGUCUCUUAACUGCCCAUCUUUUUUGGCGCCGAAGUUCAUAUGAAUAUCUCGGAUACUGAUAAUUUUGCAGACAUGUUUUUGGAGUCCUCUCUCACUGACUUAUUUCUGUUGGAAUUAUUGGUUUCUGUCUUUCUACCACUUCUUAUUGGUAAGAUUUCGCCAUUCCCUCUGUUAAAGUCUAUCUAUAUGAUUAAUUUGAAUGCAAUGGUGCUUUCCAUAUACAAGCCCUUUUGCAGAAUUUAAAUAACAUGCUCAUGCUCACGUGACUUUCAUAUUUGAUAUUUCUAGGAAACAUUAUUUUGAUUUUGAUUGGAUCAAUA